CUUGCUGGCAUUUUGGCUGGCUGUCUGGCAAGCAGCAUGUCAUGCUUUCAGCCACUGUUACAGCUCAAAUGAUUAUUUGUAUUUCAAAUGUAGUACACUGGACUUCUGGAACCUUAUGCCUUUCGUGUCACAAUUUCAAAAACAUAAGGGGCUUCAGGGGAUCAGCAACUUUUGACUUGAAAUAAUCCUGCACACUGUCUAUCAUUUGCUCUCACUUUAUUGUUCAAACCUUAAAUCAACCAAAUCAGCCAAAACCACCACACACACAGUAUGUAACAGUGAGCUCCUGAGAUAUAAAAACAAACGUGAUACUCUUCCACCUGUAAACAUUCACAUUACAUUUAUUGAUUUUAUAGAAAUCGAGUUCACGUUAUUGGGCCUUUUACAGACAUCAUAUUAAAAAUGUUUUUUUCUCUCUCUCUUUUUUUUUUUUUACAAAUCAGUCCUGUUUUAUACCGUCUUAAAAAAGUAGAAAAAGACAACAAAAACAAUAUAUAUAUAUAUACACAUAUCAGCAAGACAAAUAAGACUUACCGUAUUUUCAGUCUAUAAUGCGCACUUAAAAAUCAUUUAAUUUUCUCAAAAAUCGACGGUGCGUUUAUGUAUUAAUUCCGGUUGUUCUUAUUGACCUCGAAUCGAUUUUAUGUGGUGCACGGCGCUCAAAAAUCUGUCAAAAUGUUUUAGUACGACUUUGUUAAGCUACAAAGCCGCACCGCUUGAUGGAUUGUCGGAGCAUUACGGCAAGUCAGGAGCCUCGCGGAGUAAUACGUUCUGUGACUCAACAUAACAUUUCCCCAAAAUGGCACCUCUUAAGAGACAUGCUUACGAAGCACAUUUCAAACUCCAGGCUAUUAGUCACGCAGUACAACAUGGGAAUAGAGCAGCUGCGAGAGAAUUUAACAUUAGUGAAUCAAUGGUACGGAAGUGGAGGAAACAAGAAGAUGACCUGUGCCGAGCAAAGAAGACCAGAAAGAGUUUCCGCGGGAACAAAGCGAGAUGGCCACAGUUGGAGGACAAAAUUGAACAGUGGGUCAUUGAACAGAGAACAGGAGGUAGAAGCGUCUCUACAGUCUCUAUUCGACUCAUGGCAACAGCAGUAGCACAUGAUAUGAAGAUCAACGACUUUCAAGGAGGUCCUUCUUGGUGCUUCCGUUUUAUGAAAAGACGUAAUCUCUUCGUCCACAGAAGAACUACCAUCUCGCAGCAACUGCUAAAGGAGUACGAAGAAAAUAGACCCGUUCAUUGGCACCAAGCUCCCCCUUUUAAACGUAAAUCUGAAGACUGGAAUGGGAUAGUGACUGAUGAUUCUUCAGAUCCAGAUGCGAAUGUGCCUGAUACAGACAUAGCAAUAUUUGGCCCUAUAGAAUCUGAUUUAGAAGGAAGUGAGUCUCAACUGAUCAGAAGAGACGGUGCGAGUCCCACUGGGUCCACUUCAGGAAACCAACUGGAGAACGACAGCAUGAAACAUGAAAUUAAAGAUGAAGAUGAAACAGAUGCUGAGUCAGAGAGUCUGCUGUCUCCCAUGAUGAGAAGCCCGGAGACUCAGUCACUUUCAACAACAAGUGCUGCACUGCCAACUCAGACUGUAUCAACUGCACUGGCUUUGGUGAAGGCAGAAGAGGUCAAGAAAGAAGAGUCCAGUCCUGUUCAUGACACCGCUGGACCCUCUGUCCCAUGUCAAAACUCUACUGGGCCUCCUCCCUCUCCAGUCCACUCGGAACCCCACGGUAUAACCAGUUCAGCCGUUUCUCCAGCUGCACUUGAAACCACCUCCUCCCCUGCAGCAUUCCCCUCACAGCCAGAGCCAGGCAUCGACUCCACCAGCUUCUGGAGAAACUGCAACGCAGCAGGAUGCACGCAGGCCAUCUUCAUGGAUUUCAUUAAUGAGAUGAACAGUAUCUCCAGCAGAAUUCAGUCAGAUCAGGCCAGCCAAGAGGAUUAUGAUCUAGCGCUGACGGUGAUGGAGGCGUCUGGGAAACUGGCAGAACUUGUUACUAAACAGCACACAGAGUUACAGAGGAAACAAAUGGAGCUGCAGAGGGCAGCAGCAGCGAUGAAGAAGGUCGUCUUACCACUGAGGAGAUGAGUCCAUCAGCAGCUGCUAUACAAACAUGGACAUCAGCGUGUAUGGUUUACUUUCUUUUA